AUGUCUCAUAUUUUUAAUGACUCACUUGGAAAAAUUGGUUCAGUUGGAUGUGGAUUGUGUUUAAUUGGAUCAAUUAUAAUUGUUCUUCAUGCUCCAGCUGAUAAAGAAAUUAACACUGUUGAUGAAAUAUUAAGUUUUGCUCUGAAACCUGUAUUCAUGUAUACAUUUGUCGCAAUAUAUAAAUUGGUUCCAAAAUAUGGCAAAAAGAACCCUGUGGUAUUUCUAUCAAUUUGUUCGCUGGUUGGAUCAAUAUCAGUGAUGUCAUGUAAAGGAUUUGGAAUAGCAUUGAAAUUGACAUUUGCAGGAAAUAAUCAAUUAAGUCAUACAUCCACUUAUGUAUUUAUAAUUAUAUCUGUUGUAUGUAUAUUAGUACAAAUGAAUUAUUUCAACAAAGCGUUAGACAUAUUCUCUACAAACAUUGUAAAUCCAAUAUAUUAUGUAUUUUUUACAACAUCAACGAUAAUAGCGUCUGUAUUAUUAUUCCAAGGUUUUAAUACUGGCAAUACAGCGAAUUUAAUAACAUUAUUCUGUGGUUUCCUAACGAUAUUUGCCGGUGUCUAUCUAUUAAAUAUUGCAAAGAAUGAAGGAAUUGGAUUGGCGUCAUCGUUGAAAGAAAAUAAUACAUUAUUGGGUAGUGGUGGUGAUACGAGUGGAAAUAGCAGUAUAAUGUUAUCAUCAAUUGGUGAUCAUCAUCAUCAUGAUUCUUUGAUGAGAACAAGGGAUGCAACAUUACUGAAUGCAUUCGAUGAAGAAAGUUUAGGUUUAACUCAAUUAAAUGAUGAUAUUACUGAUUCUGAAGAUGAAUGA